AUGUCAUCCGCCAGCGAGAGCAGGUACGAUACAUUUAAACGACUACAUGAUAUUAGGCUGGGUCAGAAGGAACAAACCUUCAUCUAUCAUCUCAUAAACUUGUUUCGCCUAUUCGAAUUAUCCAUUAACUCGGGCACAACCAGAUCAUUGCCAUAGCAACGGCGAUCAUUCCUCGUAGAGAAUUUGAGAGUGCAGUGAGAAAGCGCAAGGGUAAUAUGGCGGCAGUAGCUCUCGUUUCUGAUAACGCCCCCAGUCAAAGUGACAGGUAGAUAGCCAAAACGUCCUUCCCAUAUGAUUCAAGGUGGAUGAAAUAAAAAAAAUACUACAGAUAGCCAGUUUGAAUUCGAUGAGAGCUUGCCUAUUGCACACAAUAAAACAACGCUGCAGCCAAAACACUACAGGCUAUGCAGGCGCAAGAUUAGGCUAUAAGCCUAUAGCGUUACACUCUUAGAAAAAAGGGUUCCAAAAGGGUUAUUCUGGUGACCCCAUAGGCAGUGGUGUAAAGUAUUUAAGUAAAAAUACUUAAAUGUACUACUUAAGUUGUUUUUGGGGGUAUCUGUACUUUACUAUGUAUAUUUUUUGCAAACUUUUACUUUUACUCCGCUACAUUCCUACAAAAAAAUAAUGUAGGCAACUUUUUAUUCCAUACUUUUCACCUCCAUACAAAAGUGUUCUACCUGGAACCAACAAGGGUUCUUCCAAGGGUUCUCCUAUGGGGACAACUGAAGAACCCUUUUAGGUUCUAGAGAGCAUCUUUUUUUCAAAGAGUGUAGGCAUGAGUUUCAUUUAGGUAGCUUAUAGAAUGUUUUGAAUAGUCUAUUUGGUAACACUUUAUUUUAACGGUCCAUUACUCCCACAUUUAUAAACCUUUAAUAAUUAUAUGUAAAGUAUUUUUGCAGUCCCUAAUCUAAAGUUAGCGCUAUUUAACCCUAACCCUUACCUAACCCUAACCUUUAAUUGUGUGCAGUCUUUAUAUAAAUGCUUAUAAAUAGUUUAAUACGGACCGCAUUAAAGUGUAACCGUCUAUUUAGCAAACAAACUACAGAGGCUGCUCACCCUACAAAAAACAAAGCUAAAACUAGCUACCUUUUCUUCCAACCUCUCACCCAUUACUGCCUUUAAGAGGCGACGCGCAUCACAGGCUUGGUGCGGGGAGCAGGAACAGGCCGGACCGGGCUGGCGACGCGCACCACAGGCUUGGUGCGAGGGACAGGAACAGGCCGGACCGGGCUGGCGACGCGCACCACAGGCUUGGUGCGGGGAGCAGGAACAGGCCGGACCGGGCUGGCGACGCGCACCACAGGCUUGGUGCGAGGGACAGGAACAGGCCGGACCGGGCUGGCGACGCGCACCACAGGCUUGGUGCGGGGAGCAGGAACAGGCCGGACCGGGCUGGCGACGCGCACCACAGGCUUGGUGCGAGGGACAGGAACAGGCCGGACUGGGCUGGCGACACGCACCACAGGCUUGGUGCGGGGAGCAGGAACAGGCCGGACCGGGCUGGCGACGCGCACCACAGGCUUGGUGCGAGGGACAGGAACAGGCCGGACCGGGCUGGCGACGCGCACCACUGGCUUGGUGCGGGGAGCAGGAACGGGCCGGACCGGGCUGGCGACGCGCACCACUGGUUUGGUGCGAGGGACAGGAACAGGCCGGACCGGGCUGGCGACGCGUGUGAGGCAUCAGCACAGGACGUACAGGGCUGUGCACUCGUACUGGCACUACAGCACGUGGCACUGGCGGAGGAUAUCUGGGACCGAGGAGGGGUACUGGAGGCCACGAGCGUUGAGCCGGCACACUCCGUCCUGGCUGCAUGCCCACCUUAGCACGACACGUGCGUGGUGCUAGCACAGGACGUACAGGACUGUGUCGGAACACUCGCGGCACAGUACGUGGCUCCGCAUAACACGGAACCUGCCCAGUCUCACGCUGCCUAGCCUGAGUACGGGGAGUUGGCUUUGCUCUAGCUCUAGGCUCCGCCAACCACCCUUCCAGCCCCCCAAACCUGGUGGCCUCCUCUCCUAAUCCGCCGAUUCGUCCUGUAGCUGCCUCCAGCAGCCCCGUCGUCCACGCCGUGUGCCCCCCCUACAAAAUUACUUGGGGUUGCCUCUCGCGUGUCCGUCGUCGGCACGGUUGGCGCCGUUUCUCCUCUCCUGCCUGGGCAUUUACUUUUGCCCAUGGCCCUCUGCCCGCGAAUAUGUCCUCCCAAGACCACCAUUCGCCCACCUGGGACAUCGCCAACUUCUCCUCCUGGGCACGCUGCUUGGUCCUCUGGUGGUGGGAUCUUCGGUCACGAUCGUCGACAGAUGAAGCGGACCAAGGCGCAGCGUGAUAAGCGUACAUUCUUUAUUGAGUACACACACGAACCAAAACAAUAAACCAAACGAUACGUGAAGUCCUAGGUUAUACACAAAACCUUACGGAACAAGAUCCCACACUAAACUAGUGAAAACAGGCUGCCUAAGUAUGGACCCCAAUCAGAGACAACGAGCUACAGCUGCCUCUGAUUGGGAACCACCCUGGCCAACAUAGAUCUAAACGAUCUAGAACGAAAACAUAGAAAAUGUAACAGAAACUCCACACCCUGGCUCAACAUUUAAGAGUCCCCCGAGCCAGGGCGUGACACUCUCUCUGUCUCUGUCUCUGUCUCUGUCUCUGUCUCUGUCUCUGUCUCUCUCUCUCUCUCUCUCUCUCGCUCUGUCCUUGCCUUCAGGGCAGAGAGAAAUGUCUACUCACCCAGUGAAUUGAAUUGAUCGAAUUUGAUGAAUUGCUCAAGCCAUUCCUCCCCCACCUCCCACCCCCCAUGAUCAAGGCUAGCACAAGCAUGCUUAUCCCUGCUGGCUGAUGGGGCCAGAGGGAUGGGGAUUUAUUUACGCAUCCUAACCCUCCAAUCAGGCUUCAGGGCCCACUUGAGGGCCCACACACACACACAUCACCACCCACGCGUGUGUUGAGUAUUGCAUUCUGAUGUGUGUGUGAGGGACUGCUUGCUUGCUGUGCUCCAGUGGAUUUGCUUAUGGAGGCUUCUCAGCCUGUGAUUCAUCACCGUCCUGCCAAGUUACCUUGCCCAGGGCCUGAGCUAAACGCUCCACUGCAGGAGUGGGAAAAAACUGCAUUUACACCGCCCACAUCGUUCCCUUUGCCCCUAACCCUUCACUGUUUUCUCUCUCACUAUCUCUCUUCACCUUUCAGGUACACAUAUGAGCAGUACAAGGAGACAACUGAUUGGCUGCUGGAGCGUAUGCAGCACAAGCCCAAGGUGGCCAUCAUCUGUGGUUCUGGACUGGGAGGGCUGGCAGACUUACUGGAGAAUAGUGUAGCCUUCCCUUAUAAAGACAUCCCUCGCUUCCCUCAGAGCACAGGUACAGUAUAUUUACAUUUACAUUUACGUCAUUUAGCAGACGCUCUUAUCCAGAGCGACUUACAAAUAGGUGCAUUCACCUUAUAUACACGCAUAACCUUGAAGACUUUGUUUCUCUGACACUGUGUUGUGAGUCUGUAGCUUAACAUCUUCUUCACCUCAAAGCACAUGACUACAUUGCAUAAUAAAGUUCUAAAGCUAUGUCAUCAACAUUGGUCCCAGGUGACAUCAUUACUGAGGGACCAUGGGGGGUAGAUGGGGGGUAGGUGGGUUGUUUUCCUACUCAGACUUAAGCUCUGGGGGACAGGGCUUAAUCACCCCUCAGGGGGUAGGGGAACUAGCUCUGCCACUGAGGCACACACCAAACUCCCACCAUACUGCACAGCAGGUAGACUGGUCUGUUAGUGCUUUGACCUGCAACUUGACCCCCUUUCCACAUCUGUCUCCCUUAAUCCCAUACCAUGCAGGGUAACAUACGUGGGUAUGUAUGUAUGUAUGUGUGUGUGUUUGCGCGUGUGUGUGUGUGUGUGUGCAACACCUCGUCGGCCCUAAAUCUGGCAAGGAAGUUGGUGUAUGUUAGUGUGAAUAUGCCUGUGCACCACAAGUGGAAUAAAUGGAAUGGUAUCAAACACAUCAAACACCUGGUUUCCAUGUUGUUGAUACCAUUCAAUUUCACUCCAUUCCAGACAUUAUUAUGAGCCGUCCUCCCCUCAGCAACCUCCUGUGCUGUGCACGUAUGUGUGUAUCUCUCUCUCUCUCUCUCUCUCUCUCUCUCUCUCUCUCUCUCUCUCCUCUCUCUCUCUCUCUCUCUCCACUCUCUCCCUCCUCUCCUCUCGUCUCUCUCUCUCUCCUCUCUCUCUCUCUCUCUCUCGGUCUCUCCUCUCUCUCUCUCUCGUCGCUCUCUCGUCGCCAAUCUCUCAUCUCGUCUCCUCUCUCUCUCUCUCUCUCUCUCCUCUCUCCUCUCAUCCUCUCGGCUCUCUCUCUCUCCUCUCUCUCUCUCUCUCUCUCUCCUCGCUCUCCUCUCUCGUCUCUCUCCUCCUUCUCUUCUCUCUCUCAGUGCCAGGCCAUGCUGGGAAUCUGGUGUUUGGGGAGCUGCAAGGGAAGGCCUGUGUUUGUAUGCAGGGCCGGUUCCAUUACUAUGAGGGCUACAACAUUGCCACGGUGAGACUGCCUCUUCUGCUCUGAAACACAAUGCAACAUACGUACAGUACAUACUAUGCUAUGCAUUCCGUAAAAAGUAUUUUGAAGACAAAUUGCUGUAAAAUACAGACAUGCAAUAAACAUAUUCAACUGAUACUGUCUAAGCAGGACCUAAGCUUGUUACAUAGUACUGUAUUGGAUUCUGCUGUGUCAUUGUCCAACAUGAAGCUCCUAGACUACUCUGACCACAGGGCUGGCAGAUGACAUUAUAGUUGAGACAGCAGUGGGCUGCUGAGUCCUAAGUAAAGACAGCUGAUUAAUGUGAUGAUGCUCUCUGUCACUCUAAGACACUGUAAUGGUUUAGGCCCACUCUGACUGCUGAGGUUGUGUGUGUUUAUAUAUACUGUAUAUUCCGUGUGUGUUGUGCAGGUGACGUACCCGGUGCGUGUGUUUACUCUGCUGGGGGUGGAGACGUUGAUAGUGACCAACGCUGCAGGAGGACUGAACCCUAAGUUCAAUGUUGGUGACAUCAUGUUGAUCGGAGACCACAUCAAUAUGCCUGGCCUGGCUGGCAUCAACCCUCUGAGGGGACACAACGAUGACAGGUGAGACACCUAAACUAUGUGACAGCCAAACAGGUGCCUCUGAUCAUCAGUGAGCCUCCCAAACACUGAGGCCAAAUGACCAUAAAUGACACCCUAUUCUAUGGGGUUCUGUCCUAUGCACUUUGUACUGUAUUGGGAAUAGAGUGUCAUUGGAGAUUUGUCAUGUUUGAAUCUGAACUAGAAAUUCAAUUGCCUCUAAGCAGUCAUCGCUAAGCCACUGAUAAUGAGAUGUUGGUAACCUAAGUGGAGUUAUUACGGUAAUGAGUCAUUUAGCUGUGAUGAGCUCUUAUUACCAUCAUUAGAUGCUUUGAUUGUUGAAGGUACAGUUGAAGUCGGAAGUUUACAUACACCUUAGCUAAAUACAUUUAAACUCAGUUUUUCACAAUUCCUGACAUCUAAUCCUAGUAAAAAUUCCCUGUCUUAGUUAGGAUCACCACUUUAUUUUAAGAAUGUGAAAUGUCUGAAUAAUAGUAGAGAGAAUGAUUUAUUUCAGCUUUUAUUUAUUGAAUCACAUUCCCAGUGGGUCAGAAGUUUACAAACACUCAAUUAGAAUUUGUUAGCAUUGCCUUUAAAUUGUUUAACUUGGGUCAAACCUUUCAGGUAGCCUUCCACAAGCUUCCCACAAUAAGUUGGGUGAAUUUUGGCCCAUUCCUCCUGACAGAGUUGGUGUAACUGAGUCAGGUUUGUAGGCCUCCUUGCUCGCACAUGCUUUUUCAGUUCUGCCCACACAUUUUCUAUAGGAUUGAGGUCAGGGCUUUGUGAUGGCCAUUCCAAUACCUUGACUUUGUUGUCCUUAAGCCAUUUUGCCACAACUUUGUAAGUAUGCUUGGGGUCAUUGUCCAUUUGGAAGACCCAUUUGCGACCAAGCUUUAACUUCCUGACUGAUGUCUUGAGAUGUUGCUUCAAUAUAUCCACAUAAUUUUCCUUCCUCAUGAUGCCAUCUAUUUUGUGAAGUGCACCAGUCCCUCCUGCAGCAAAGCACCCCCACAGCAUGAUGCUGCCACCCCCGUGCUUCACAGUUGGGAUGGUGUUCUUCGACUUGCAAGUCCCCCUUUUUCCUCCAAACAUAACGAUGGUCAUUAUGGCCAAACAGUUCUAUUUUUGUUACAUCAGACCAGAUGACAUUUCUCCAAAAUGUACGAUCUUUGUUCCCAUGUGCAGUUGCAAACCAUAGUCUGGCUUUUUUAUUGCGGUUUUGGAGCAGUGGCUUCUUCCUUGCUGAGCGGCCUUUCAGGUUAUGUCAAUAUAGGACUCAUUUUACUGUGGAUAUAGAUACUUUUGUACCUGUUUCCUCCAGCAUCUUCACAAGGUCCUUUGCUGUUGUUCUGGGAUUGAUUUGCACUUUUCGCACCAAAGUACGUUAAUCUCUAGGAAACAGAACGCGUCUCCUUCCUGAGCGGAAUGACAGCUGCGUGGUCCCAUAGUGUUUAUACUUGCGUACUAUUGUUUGUACAGAUGAACGUGGUACUUUCAGGCGUUUGGAAAUUGCUCCCAAGGAUGAACCAGACUUGUGGAGGUCUACACAUUUUUUUCUGAGGUCUUGGCUGAUUUCUUUUGAUUUUCCCAUGAUAUCAAGCAAAGAGGCACUGAGUUUGACUGUAGGCCUUGAAAUACAUCCACAGGUACACCUCCAAUUGACUCAAAUGAUGUCAAUUAGCCUAUCAGAAGCUUCUAAAGCCAUGACAUCAUUUCUGGAAUUUUCCAAACUGUUUAAAGGCACAGUCAACUUAGUGUAUGUAAACCUCUGACCCACUGGAAUUGUGAUACAGUGAAUUAUAAGUGAAAUAAUCUGUCUGUAAACAAUUGUUGGAAAAAUUACUUGUGUCAUGCACAAAGUAGAUGUCCUAACCGACUUGCCAAAACUAUAGUUUGUUAAAAAGAAAUUUGUGGAGUGGUUGAAAAACUAGUUUUAAUGACUCCAACCUAAGUGUAUGUAAACUUCCGACUAAAAAAGUACACUUUGGCAUGUGAGGUUUUGGGGUGUAUGUUUGAGAGGGUUCAGUGUGUGUGUUAACUCUACUGUUCUGUGUGUGUGCGUGUGUGUAGGUUUGGUGUGCGGUUCCCCUGCAUGUCGGAUGCGUAUGAUGCAGACCUGGGCCGUUUGGCUCGAGAGGUAGCGGAGGAGCAGGGCUGUUCCUCUUUCCUCCAACAGGGGGUGUACUGCAAUGUGGGCGGCCCCGCCUUCGAGACAGUGGCAGAGAGCAAGAUACUGCUGAGUCUGGGGGCAGACGCUGUGGGUGAGUACAAGACACUGAUUUAUGGUCAGGUUUCAGAUCUGUGCCAAAGGGCAACUUGUCCCUUGAGGGAGCACAUCAGGCCUUGGAUGUGUAUACUGUCUUCUGACUGAGGAAAUGGAGAAGGCUCUCCCCAAGAACACUCUAUCUGAAAGAGAGCGACCUGGCUCUACGUAUUUUAAUGGUUUGUGACUCACUAACCGCCCCCCGGUUAGAGGGGAAUAAAGCAUCCCAAGAAUUAACACACACAAACUUUAUUUAAACACACUGAGGAAGAUAAAUAUGGGGAUGCACAUGGGAAUGUACAUUGGGAUGAAAUGUGGGAGAGGUAGCGGAAUGGUAGUGGAUUUUGGGCACGCACACCAUCCCACAAGUUCAGAGAUAUUAUUGAGUCCAAUUGUUGAUGGGCAGAGACAGAGAUGUCUGUCACUUUUGAGGGAGACUCACAGUAUUGUGUGACCUGUAUAGUCAAGAGGAUGGGCAGAUGUCCGGCCCCCUACUAACCUCCCUAGCAACCUAUCAGGGCACAUCUCACACGUCAGGGAGAGUUUGAGAGGCAGGUUUAUGGUGCCCCCUAUACUCUCAGGCUCCGGUCGUGGGGGAUGGGGAGUGGAUUGUGCAGCUCUGGGUUGUGAGGUGCUAAUACCAGUCACUGACAGGGAAUUUGUAAUACUAUCUAACCAAUGACACCAUCAAUAAAACACAGACGCACACAUACACACACACACGGGGAGAGGUGCAUGCAGCUAGAAACAAAAUUAGGAACAAACAAGCAGAUGUUAAUAACAGAAAACCUCAGGUGCUCCUCUCUCUCAAACACACAACAUCAGGUGCCAUCCCACUGGGCACACACUGGUUGAAUCAAGGUUGUUUUCCAACGUGGAAUAGAUGUUGAAUUGACGUCUGUGCCCAGUGGGAUAUCUAUGCCAAUGGGGUCAGCUUCAGGGGUCACAGUUCAAUUGAUCUGAACCCUGAGUGGUGUCCGUUAGAGGGUAACAGGUUGACAGGGAGGAAGCUGUACAUUUGAUCCUUUGACAUUACUCAUUUUCUAGGUCUACCCCUCCCCCUAUCUUUCCUUUCCCCUCUUUAUCCCCUGUUGUCACACACCCACACCCUCCUGUAUCACUUUCUCUCUCUCCCUCUGCCUCCCUCUGACCUCUCCCUUUUAUCUCUGUCUUGCUCCCUGUCUCUCGCUCCCUCUCACUCAGGUAUGAGUACAGUGCCAGAAGUGAUAGUGGCUCGUCACAGUGGUCUGCGUGUGUUCGGCCUGUCUCUCAUCAGAGUAUGGCAGCCAGGACCGCGUCAACCAUGAGGAGGUGCUGGAAAUCACCCAGCGACGCACACAGGACCUGCAGAAACUCAUCAUCAACCUCCUGGCCCGAAUAUAG